UUCGGCGAUCCUGGCAGUUGGCGGAAAGGAGGGAGGCAGGGAAGGGAGUUAUGGUGGAGAUGGGAGAAGGUGGUGAGGAAACGGGAGAAAUAAGGAAAGACUUCACAUGACACAUAAUAAAUAAUAUUCUCUUUAUCUGCUUUUGUGUACCCGGCGGCGGUACAUUUCUGAAGCGUCCGGCGGGAUCGCGCUCACGCCAGCCAACUCAGCUAAGGAUGGCCAGCGAAGAAGGGCAACCGAGGUUCAGAACAUCAUGGUAGCUAGUAGUUAGAUUACCUCACGCCUGAGAAGCCUUCAACCCAGCUGUUUGCGCCUCCUAUUCUGAACACUUCUCUCGUGUACACGCACGUGCCCAAGGGGGCUUCGAGGCAGUGAGUGAUGGAUUUGGGGAGUGUCCGCGCGCCGGCCGCGGGAUCUGGGUGGCGCGAGGAGACGCCGAACGGAGAGCCUCGAGACGCCGGGGGCCCGGAUGGAGACAGGGUAGCCGAGGAGGAGGCGCGCGGUGCUGAAGGACAACAUGGUGCUGCUGGAGCGGCUGAGAACCCCGACAGGGAGAAAAAUGAAGAGGAGAACAUGAUCUACGAGGAGGAAUUAGACCCCAGAAUUCAAGAGGAGCUGGAACAUCUCAAUGAAGCAAGUGAGGAAAUUAACAGGCUUGAACUACAGCUCGAUGAUGCGAGGUCGGCCUACAGGCGCAUCCUCACAGACUCGGCCCGGAAGCUGAAUGCCCAGGGAUCCCAGCUUGGCACCUGCAUUGAGAAGGCCAGGCCUUACUAUGAGGCUCGUCGACUGGCCAAAGAGGCCCAGCAAGAGACCCAGAAGGCAGCUCUGAGGUACGAGAGGGCGGUUUCCAUGCACACAGCGGCCAGAGAGAUGGUUUACGUGGCAGAGCAGGGGCUCCUGGCAGACAAGAACACUUUGGAUCCCACUUGGCAGGAAAUGCUCAACCAUGCCACCUCGAAGGUGAAUGAAGCAGAGGAAGAAAGACUGCGCAGUGAGCGAGAGCAUCAGCGUGUCACACAAUUGUGCCAGGAGGCAGAGGCACGUGUGCAGACCCUUCAAAAGGACCUCAAGAGGGUCAUUAUCAAGUCCAAGCCCUACUUUGAGCUUAAGGCCCAGUUCAACUACAUCCUGGAGGAGCACAAAUCUAAAGUGUUACAGUUGGAGGAGCGUGUGUCAAAGGUGAAGACUCGCUAUUCUGUGGCCCUGCGUAACCUGGAGCAAAUCAGUGAGCAGAUCCAUGCUCAGCGGGGAAGGAACAGGGCCAGACAAGGUCAAAAAAAUGCUUGUAGCGGACGAAGCCCCCCCAUAGGGGCAGAGUCAGACAUUUGGACUGUGAGUGAGGGUGGGGCCUGUGGGGGAAAGGUGAUAGAGACUAUCUGGGCAAAUGGAAACAGGAAUGCAGAAAAGACUAGGGAAUGGGUGGAAAGGCAUAGAGAAUCUGGUUGGGGUGAGAAGGAGAGGGCUGAGGCAGAGAAAGCCGGCUCAGACUCCCUAUCCGUCUUCAGUCUGCAGACCAUUGCCUCCGACCUGGAAAAAUGUGAUUCAGUGGAACACCUUGGGGAUUUUUUGAGCGAUGUGGUCAGUUUGUCAGGAGAGGAGGGAGAGAGAGGGGCGGUAGUGAAGGACGAGGAGGGGGCAGGAGGCAGUGAUGCAGUUCAUCCACUUGGGAGAGAGAUGCUAGGGAGGGAGACCCACACAGCAGGAAGACAGGAGUGUUUUGUGAAACAACACCAUCGCAGUGUUAGUUUGUGAUAAGGGGUCCAUGAAAAUGGGAAAUUAUGCAAAAUAUGAUAUAUAAUAUAUGGGUUUGAUCCC